CACCUAAUCCUCAAAAAUCUGAAAGACACAUUAACUUGUAAUCAAAGGCAUUCAAAACAAAUACAUAUCUAUUUACAUUAACAGAAACAAAUUGAACAAGCUUCUAUUCCAAUUCAAGCAUUCCAAUCUGCAAGCCAAAGCAAAACUCUUAGAAGUCAUUGGAGCCCUAGCCUUACCCUUACCCUUACCUUAACCCAUUUAAUAAUUUCUUAUAACAUAUAUAGUAUUUUCUUGGGAUUAAAGGUGUCGUUUCGUUAUUUUAGGUAUUACAGUUGUAGAUCUUGUUGUUUGGGUUAAACCCAGACAAGGGAACAAAACCAAAACCAAAACCAAAGCCAAAGGCUUUUGGUUUUUUUUUUACCGAAGUGGGCUUCUCUGAUUGGUUGGUUUAGAUGUGGGGUGGGCCCACACUUUCGUAGACUUCACUUUCACUCGCAGAAGUUGGACACUGCUAAGCCUAUAUAAUGAGAAGGGUCUCUGCUUGCUGCUUCAUAAGCCUGUUUUCCAGGACUAAUCAAAAGCACAAGGACAAGGACAAGGACAAGGACAAGCUCACUCAGAGAAGUAGAGAAGCUAUGGAGAACCCCAUGUACAAUGCAGGCAACAAUGUGGAGAUUGCAGUCCGAAAAGCAAAUGACUCAAACCAUGGUUGUGCUACUAAUAUCGUACUAAACCAUGACUUCUCUGAAGGGCUGCAUUUGUGGCAUCCCAACAAUUGUGAUGGCUUUGUGGUAUCAGCUGAGUCAGCUCACCCAGAGGGAACUUCAGAAAAGUUGGGUGGUAAUUAUGCAGUUGUUUCAAAUCGCAAGGAAUGCUGGCAGGGCUUGGAACAAGAUAUCACAGCCAGGGUUUCUCCAGGUUCCACUUAUACAGUUUCUGCCCGUGUUGGAGUAUCAGGGCCUCUUCAGGGAUCCACUGAUGUCUUGGCAACAUUGAAACUAGAAAACCGAGGUUCAGGGACUAGCUAUUUGUUCAUUGGAAGAACUUCUGUGUCUAAGGAGAAGUGGGAGAAGUUGGAAGGCACAUUCUCAUUGCCAGCUAUGCCUGACCGGGUUGUAUUUUAUUUCGAAGGGCCUUCACCUGGAGUUGAUAUUCUUAUAGAAUCAGUAGUGAUCACCUGUUCCAGUCCAAGUGAGUGUGAGAGUGUAAGCCAGAGAUGCUUUGAUGCCGGAGAUGAGAAUAUCAUCCUAAACCCCAAAUUUGAGGAUGGCCUGAACAAUUGGUCUGGAAGAGGCUGCAAGAUUGUUUUACAUGAUUCUAUGGCAGAUGGGAAAAUAGUCCCACUGUCUGGAAAGUAUUUUGCAUCUGCAACAGAGCGCACACAGAACUGGAACGGUAUUCAGCAGGAGAUCACAGGAAAAGUGCAGCGAAAGCUUGCUUAUGAUGUUACUGCUGUUGUUCGGAUAUUUGGUAACAAUGUCACUAAUUCUGAUGUGCGAGUAACUUUGUGGGUGCAAACACCAAACCUUCGUGAACAGUAUAUAGGCGUUGCCAAUGCUCAAGCAACAGACAAGGAUUGGGUACAGUUGCAGGGGAAGUUCCUUCUAAAUGGUUCUCCAUCCAAAGUAGUCAUAUAUGUUGAAGGUCCACCUUCGGGCACUGAUAUCCUUCUCAACAGUUUAAUUGUAAAGCAUGCGGAGAAAACCCCUCCUUCAUUUCCCCCAGUUAUUGAGAAUCCUGCCUUUGGAGUAAAUAUAAUUCAAAAUAGCAGUCUAAGUGAUGGCACCAAUGGGUGGUUUCCCCUUGGUAAUUGCACUUUGAGCGUUGCUACUGGUUCACCACAUAUUCUUCCACCAAUGGCAAGAGAAUCCCUUGGACCUCAUGAACCUUUAAGUGGUCGCUAUAUCCUUGUGACCAAUCGCACACAGACUUGGAUGGGUCCUGCUCAGAUGAUCACAGAUAAACUAAAACUUUUUUUGACAUACCAAGUAUCUGGUUGGGUUCGAAUUGGUUCUGGAGCUAGUGGUCCACAAAAUGUGAAUGUUGCACUAGGUGUGGACAGUCAGUGGGUUAAUGGGGGACAAGUUGAGGUUAAUGGUGAUGGAUGGCAUGAAAUUGGUGGUUCCUUCAGAAUUGAGAAGCAACCUUCCAAGGUUAUGGUUUAUGUUCAAGGUCCAUCUCCAGGUGUUGACUUAAUGGUUGCUGGAGUUCAGAUUUUUCCUGUUGAUCGACAGGCAAGGUUUAGAUAUCUACGGAGGCAGACUGAUCUGAACCGUAAGCGUGAUGUCAUCCUAAAAUUCUCAGGAGUGGAUUCAAGCACUUUGCUUGGCACGGUGGUGUUAGUCAAACAAACGCAAAACACUUUUCCUUUGGGGUCAUGUGUAAGCAGAACAAACGUUGAUAAUGAAGAUUUUGUUGAUUUCUUUACAAAAAAUUUCAAUUGGGCUGUCUUUGGCAAUGAGUUGAAGUGGUACUGGACAGAACCACAGCAGGGAAAUUUCAACUACAAUGAUGCUGAUGAGAUGUUGGCCUUGUGUAAAAGCCACAACAUACAGACUAGAGGUCAUUGUAUCUUCUGGGAAGUGAUCAACACAGUCCAAUCAUGGGUCCAAGCACUGAACAAAAAUGACUUGAUGACAGCUGUCCAAAAUCGCCUAACAGGUCUUCUUACCCGCUACAAGGGGAAGUUCAUGCACUAUGAUGUUAACAAUGAGAUGCUGCAUGGUUCAUUCUAUCAAGAUAGACUAGGUAAGGAUAUCCGAGCAAACAUGUUCAAGACUGCACACCAACUAGAUCCAUCUGCCCUCCUGUUUGUGAAUGAUUAUCACGUUGAGGAUGGAUGUGACACCAGAUCAUCUCCAGAAAAGUACAUUCAACAUAUUCUUGAUUUGCAAGAGCAAGGUGCACCUGUUGGAGGUAUUGGAAUACAAGGGCACAUAGACAGUCCAGUUGGGCCUAUUGUUUGCUCAGCUUUGGAUAAAUUGGGUAUUCUUGGUCUUCCAAUCUGGUUUACAGAGCUUGAUGUGUCUUCCAUUAAUGAAUGUGUUAGAGGGGACGAUUUGGAAGUGAUGCUUAGGGAAGCUUUUGCCCAUCCUGCAGUAGAUGGUAUAAUGCUAUGGGGAUUCUGGGAGUUGUUUAUGAGCCGGAACAAUUCACAUCUAGUGAAUGCAGAGGGUGACAUUAAUGAAGCUGGUAAAAGAUACCUUGCUCUUAGAAAAGAGUGGCUGUCUCAUGCACGUGGGCAUAUUGAUGACCAAGGACAGUUCCAGUUUAGAGGCUUCCAUGGAACAUACUCUCUGGAAAUUAUUAAUUCCUCCAAGAAGGUUUCAAAGACAUUUGUUGUUGACAAUGGUGACUUGCCACUGGUGGUUCCCAUAGAUUUAUAAGUUCGCUGCUUCAGCCAAUAAUAAGGGUACAUAUUUCAUCAUGAGUUACACAUUGUAAAAAUUCAUGUGAAAAAAGAAAAAGGCAAAUAUGUUUGUGAAUUUGUGGGGUUACAUUCACAUAUUGUUUAUACAAAAAAGAAAAAAAAAAAAAAAGAUUUCAUAUACGUUGGUUUGUGGUUGUAAAAUUCUGUAAAAAAGAAAAGGAAUAAAGAUAUCUUGUUGGUUGUGAUAUUAAA